AUGGGAUUCCAAGCAAGUUCGGCGGAUCCGUGCUUAUUCGUGGCAACCAGGGAUGGCCUCAGAGUAUACCUGAUCGUUUAUGUCGAUGAUUUCCUCAUCGGAUCAGAGAGCGAGGCGGAGAUUAUCCGCGUUCAGAAGCAGCUGAGUCGGCAUUUCGAGAUUGUCGAUCUUGGCGAUGUGAAGCACUUCCUAGGUCUGGAAGUACAGAAGGAGGAUGACACGUUCUGUGUCAGUCUGGCCAACUACAUCGAUAAGCUGGUUGCACGAGUAGGCCUAAGCGAAGCGAAGGAGGCAGGAACAGGGCUAUCUGAGGAACAAGGUUGGGAGCAAAACCGUUCGAAGAUGGUACGAAGUAUCGAAGCGUGGUUGGUGCACUUCUCUAUGUGGCGGUGUGUGCGCGGCCGGAUAUAG